UGGGGAAGGAGUCUGGGACCUGGGUCAUCUGGUUGGUAGCUCGUAGCACACUGUGUGGUGUGAAGAUAUGGAUCAUGAGCAGAGGCAGGGAGCUGCACUGCUUAGGUUUUUACACCUCCUGUGGCUGCUGCCCCACUCCUGGACCGCCCCUGAAGCUCCUACCCCAGUGUGGCAGGAUGAACUGCAAAACCACACGUUCCUGCAUACGAUGUACUGCCAGGACUGGAGUCCCAACAUUGGACUCUCUGAAACCUAUGAUGGAGACCAGCUUUUCUCCUUCGACUUUUCCCAGAAUACCCGAGUGCCUCGCCUGCCUGAAUUUGCUGACUGGGCUCAGAAGCUUGGAGAUACUUCUGCCAUUUUCUUUGACAAAGCAUUCUGCCAGGCUAUGAUCCAGGAAAUAGGGCCAAAAUUUGAAGGGAAAAUCCCUGUGUCUAGAGGGUUACCUGUUGUUGAGGUGUUCACGCUGAAGCCCCUGGAGUUCGGAAAGCCCAACACGCUGGUCUGUUUUGUCAGUAAUCUCUUCCCACCCACGUUGACGGUGAACUGGCAGCAUCAUUUGGACCCUGUGGAAGGAGUCAGGCCCACUUUUGUGUCAGCUGUGGAGGGACUCAGCUUCCAGGCCUUUUCUUACUUAAACUUCACACCAGUACCCUCUGACCUUUACUCCUGCAUGGUAACUCAUGAGAUUGACAGCUACAACACAAUUGCCUUUUGGGUGCCCCAUAAUGUGCUGCCCUCUGAUCUUCUGGAGAAUGUGCUGUGUGGUGUGGCCUUUGGCCUGGGUGUGCUGGGCAUCAUUGUUGGCUUAGUCCUCAUCAUCUACUUCCGAAAGCCUUGCUCAGGUGAUUGAUUCUUCCUGACCAGAGUCUGGUGGUGCCAACAGUGUCAACCAUGCAUGCGGGGGAAGCUCAGGCUUCCCACAUCCUGCCCAGGAUCUCUCCUCCUCAGAGCAGAAGUCCCUGGGAUGCCCCUGAGGGACAUGUGGGCAUGUACAGGUUUCUCAGCUGGAAGCUCUGCUGUCCUGGGACUUGCACCCAGGGGAACCCAGAGUGGCUUUCCUGUCACGGCCACAUUCCUUCCCACUUCAGGGCAAUAAAUCUUAUUUCUUAAUACUGA